CCUUGUUUGGACCUGGAUCAGCUGGGACAAUAACAACAAUUACGGACUACAACAGGGCAGCGGAGAUCUUUUUAGAAAUGGACUGCACCCGCCGUGACCUUCUUGUGGCCGAGCAUAUGUUGAUUUGGCGGAUCUGCUAAUUUACGCGAGGCUUCAUUUUCUGUCUUUUUUUAAAAUCUGCAUUUAGUCGGACAUCUUCCCGCAUGCCCCAACAAACCGAGGGGGGUUGGGGCUAAUGACAUCGCUAGCAUGCUAAUAUGACUAACUCUAUGUUCUCAUGUAGGACGUCAUUUAUUAAUGUCCCACUCAACGAACACUUUAUUAAAAUGGUCCGAACAUAACGGAAGCCUUUUGGUGGGGGUGAAGGCAACUGUCUUAGUGCCGCACAGCGCUUUCGACCCUUUCUGGAAAACCGCCGCAAAGUUUUUUUUACUCGUCAUCUCAUUCAAGUUGCUGCCGUGUCAGGCGUUGUGUUGUUGCUCCUAAAACGUAAACGGCGACUUUGCCUCGUGUUUGUGCACUUUUCGUGUCGUCCCAACAUGCGGCUAGCUCCUCGUUAGCAUGCCUGUCGGCGGGGCCUGGUCUCGUGCUGACAACCACAGGUGAAAACAAAAGGGUAGCAUGCUAGCUCGCUAUCCAUCUGCUCUUUUUACUGCCUCGUCCGCUUUGUGUGCUUAAACCUCAACUCUGGCUUCCCGAGCUGGUACGUAUUUAUCAUUAUUUGUAUGUCAAAUACACUUGGUAGAACAUCACGUCCUGCAAUUUCACUCGGAAGUAGGAUUACAAUAUGGGUGUCAUACACUCAUGAGGAACUUCUCCAAAAAGUCUCCACAAGUUGCUCAAGAACACUUGAAGUCAAACGAUCACGCGGCAUCUUGUUCACAGAUACGAGAACCUUUUAAGUGGAGGACUUGUUGAGUUAGUGUGAAUCUCGUUCUGGCAUAGCAAACUGUGAGAGACUCCUGCCAUGUCAGAGACUCUGAUAACAGGCCACACGUCAGAGGAUCUGUUGGCUGACUUUGAGACUUUGCUCAACUCUGGAGGUGUUGCUCUUGGUCAGGACCACCAAAUAGUCAUCAUCACCAGCCCCAGCAAUGAGGGACUCCACCCAGACGCAGCCCCUUCCAGCACGGGAGAAAUCUUGCUGUUUGCUACCCCACAGGGAUCCGCUGAUGUGGCCUUCCAAGACAAGAGAAGGCCGUCCCUCGGAAGGCCAUCGGUUAAGAGGAAGUUGGACCUGGACAGCGACCAUCAGUAUGUUAGCACGACCCGGCCGUCUUCAGGCCACGCUCCUCCCUCCACACCUGCCCCUCCUAGAGUUCCUCGCACCCUUACGGAAAAGUCUCGCUAUGACACCUCCUUGAACUUAACCACCAAGCGCUUUCUGGAUCUCCUGUCCCAGUCAGCUGACGGCGUGGUGGACCUGAACUGGGCCUCGCAGGUCCUGCAUGUCCAGAAACGGCGCAUCUACGACAUAACCAACGUCCUGGAAGGGAUCCAUCUCAUUUCUAAAAAGUCCAAGAACCACAUCCAGUGGCUCGGGAACCGCGUGGACGGGGACUCGGUGGCCCUCCAGCAGGACCUGCGGAAGGAAGUGUGCGACCUCACCGCAGCGGAGGAGCGGCUCGACAAUCUCAUCUCCAAAUGCAAUCUUCAGUUCAGUUUGCUGACAGACGAGCCGCAGAGCAAGAGGCUGGGCUACGUGCGCUGCCAAGAUUUGAGGACGUCGUUUGAUACCUCGGACCAGUUGGUCAUGGUGAUCCGAGCUCCACCAGAGACCCAGAUGCAAGUCUCAGACCCCAGCGAGGGUUACCAGGUGUCGUUGAAGAGCACGCAAGGUCCCAUCGACGUCUUCCUCUGCCCAGACGACAGCUCCGGGGUUUGCAGCCCCGUAACGGGAAGCAGUCCCUUGAAAGCGAGCGUUGACCGCGCGGCGCACGCGCCGGCCCGCCGGUCGACACCCAGCAAAGGCAGAAGCUCCUCAACUUUGGAAGUUGCAUCGUCAUCCCCUGUGUCCACGUCGUCCACGGCGACAGCGGCAUCUCAGCCAGAGUCCUCGACGUUGUUGUUAGGUGGGCAAACGGAAUCCCUUCUGAACAGCGACCCGUUCUCAGGCCUGGGGGACAUGGCUGACUUUGACUUCUCCACGGACUUCCUCCACGGAGAGAGCCUCCCUCUCCCGCUGGAUGGUUUCAUCAACUUGUCUCCACCACACAGUCCCGACUACCACUUUGGCCUGGGGAGCGACUCGGGCAUCACCGAACUGUUCGAUUGUGACUUUGGUGACCUGUCACAAGUUUUGGGGGAGAGUUAGACAAGGGUUGGGCAGGGGGGUGGGGGGAUUUUGGCUGUGGGGAAGCGCAGACUAGUAUAGUGGACCCUCGGAGGUUCCACCUUUUUGUUUUGUUUGACAUAGAACCGGUUCACCAUUAUAAAACUUUGAAAUACAGUGCAGGUGAGGUUUUAAAUAGCAUUUAAGUUUGUGCACACUCGCACCACACUUUGAGACGCACUGUAAUGGGCAACGUAAUUUCUCGAGAAUAAUGCACCUCCCACCCCCCC